AUGCUCCCUCUGAGAUAUAUAUGUCACGCUGCUUUCCCCCUUGGCAUCAUCUUUGGUUACCACUACCCUGAUCCUUAUCCUCCCGCAUGGAUCAACGAUAACCCCUUCGCUCCUAUCGAUCCGGUCCUCAACGCUCCCGCCGGACCGGUCGUCACCCACAGCAACAACUACGAUGAGGUGGAUGAUAUGAACAUCCCCGGCUUCGGUCUCUCACCCGACUUCAAGUGGGAGGCCCUCGGCAAGUUCAUCCAGGAAGCCGCCUCGGUCAACCCUCGCUUCCUCGGCGGCGUCGCUCCCUCCGUCGUCUCUUCGGACACGGAAUCUACCGCAAUCCCUCCUCUCGUUCCUGCGCCCACGCUCCCGGCCGUCUUCAAGGCCAAGGGCACCUACUCCGGCCCGUACUCGGUUCAUGACUCGAGCGAGUCUGGCUCGGAGCGGUCACUCAAGCUGGUGGUUGCGCGGCAGCAGAGCAAGGCCAAGAUUUCCCGCGAGAACCGCGCCGACCGUCUUCAGGCCGAUGGUACGCUCCGGAGCCCCGGGUGCAUCCAUUGCCAGCGGGGCGGCAAGGAGUGCAAGAUGCUGGGUGGCAAUGUCAAUUGUGGGGAGUGUACCAGGAAUGGUUCGGUGUGUUCCUUCAACCGGUGCAAGAAGCGCAAGGUCGGUGCCGAUGGUGGUGAUGGGAGGAUGCCGCCGCCCCCUCCCCCUCCAUCUUCCGCCAGCUCGGCUAUCCUCUCUUCUGCUGGCUCCGACGCCGGAUCCUCUACCGGCUCGGACGUCCUCUUUAUCGCCAAACCCAUGUCCCUUCAGGACUUCCUUUUCAUCACCGCCGAGAUGAUGGAGACCUCCAAGGCUCGGUACCUUCACGACCAGGCCAACCUCGCUCGUCUCAGCGACAACAUCAAGUACGCGAUCGACGCCCAGGUCGGUCACGCUGUGGCUUAG